CAUCUCUUCAUUUCAGGUUUAAGUUGUGGGAGUAUGUAUUCGUACCACUCUCCACAAAACACCUACCCAUCCCUAUCUCUCUGGUUGCCCAUACACCAUCCGAUCAAUUAUUAAUUAAGUAUGCCUCAAAAACGCGCAAAGAAGAGCGCUUCCACGGCUAAGAAACCGCCUUCUCCCCCACUCUCCGAGAAGAACGCCUCAGUGGCGGACGAAUAUACCGGGAUUGAAGGAUCAGAGGCACAAGACGCACCCUCGAUUGGUAGUCCGCGAAACCCUCGCCCCGAUGAACAUGCCGAGUCACCCGUGCUUACGGAUGAAGAUGAUGAUAUACCGGAAGAAUCGGAAAACACCGUGAGACCUGACUACAGCCUAGGUGCUGGAGGAUACAACGUGCUCAAAUCCUACAAAGGACAAGUCUAUUCCGGCAUGGCGGUGGGAGGGUCUCAUACUUGGAAUUAUGAUCAAGGCCUGUGGAAAGAAACCAAGGAGGAGCCUGAUCUAUGGCGCAUCAAUUAUCAGACCAAUAAGAGACGGACGAGAAAGGCACCGGAAGGUAGUGGUGCUCCGGUGGGGACGGAGUAUCACUGGCUAAUUGUAGCACAUCAGUUUGUCAAGAAGAUCGACGCCAACACGUAUGAGACAAACAUGACUGGGUCCAAGUAUAAGCUAGCGUACAAGUCCGCCUCGUCCAACUCAUGGUCCGUUCCUACGGUGAAAAAGCAGCGUGAUCGGGAGGUCGAACUGCUAGAGGAUGCCAAACAACGGGUCCAAGGUCUUCCUCCGGUGCUGGCGUCGGAAAAGGUAAAAGUUGACAAACAUGAAAAGGGACAGCAGAAGCUGGAUAGCAUGUUCACCAAGUCUGCCAGUGGCAACAGUAAGAAAAGGAAGAUCGGGGAUGAUAGCGGAGGAUGAUGCUGACUUCCAACCCAACCCGUAUACGCUGGUUGUAACUGUAAGUUGUAUAACGUAAUGGCGUUUCAAUGCUAGUUGACGUAUUUGCCUAUGGAGGUUCGCAGUGGGAGAGCUGCUUCUAUGGAGUCCUCCACC